AUGAGAUGGUCAGCACACACUGCCUUGACCUCACUCUCCACGCGCCACCUCCGUUCUCUUAUCCGAGAAUGCACGCGCCGCUCCUCCAUCGACGUGGGCAAGAAGCUCCACGCCGCCAUCAUCACCACCGGGCUCGCCGCGUUGGCAGACUCGUUUAUCUACAAUGCCCUGCUCCAUUUUCAUGCAGCUUGUGGAAGUCCAGUUCAUGCACGCAAGGUGUUCGAUGAAAUUCCCAAGUCGCACAAAGACACUGUGGAUUGGACUAUCCUGAUGGGAUGCCUUGCUCGGCACGGCAUGCAUCGAAAUGGGCUUGAUGUGUUUGUGGAAAUGAGAAGAGAGGGAGUGAGGGUGGAUGACAUUGCCGUCGUUUGCUUGUUCGGUGGGUGUGCUCGGUUGGGGGAGGUUGAGAUUGGUGUGCAAGGACAUGGGUUGAUGGUGAAGGUGGGGUUGAGUUCUAGUGUCAAGGCGUGCAAUGCGGCUAUGGAUAUGUAUGUCAAGUGCGGCGAGUUGGGUAUGGCUAGAAGGGUUUUUGAGGAAAUGGGGGAGAGGAGUGUUGUGUCUUGGACUGUGAUUUUGGAUGGUGUGGUUAGAUGGGAAGGUGUGGGAAGUGGGAGGGUGGUGUUUGAUGCAAUGCCGGAGAGGAAUGAGGUUGCUUGGACGGUUAUGAUUGUUGGGUAUGUGAGUGUUGGCCUUGUCCGGGAAGGGUUUGCUCUUCUGAAAGAAAUGGUUUUCGGUUGUGCUUUGGGAUUGAACUAUGUCACGCUUUGUUCAUUUUUAUCGGCUUGUGCACAAUCGGGAGAUGUGGUGACGGGCAGUUGGGUUCAUGUCUAUGCUUGUAAGACAAUGGGGAGUGAGAUGGAUGUUAUGGUGGGCACAGCUCUGGUAGAUAUGUAUGCAAAAUGUGGUAGAGUAGAUACAGCGUUGAAAGUGUUUCAGCAGAUGAAGUACAGGAAUGUAGUGACAUGGAACGCUGUGCUUAGUGGGUUGGCAAUGCAUGGAAGGGGCAGAGUUGUUUUGAAGAUGUUUCCUCAAAUGCUGAAAGUGGCCAAGCCAGACGAUUUGACCUUCACUGCUUUGCUGAGUGCUUGCAGCCACUCGGGCCUUGUUGAGCAGGGUCGCCAUUACUUUCAGAAUCUUGAAGCGUUAUAUGGUGUAACACCUACGAUAGAGCACUACGCUUGUAUGGUGGAUGUUCUAGGUAGGGCUGGCCAUUUAGAAGAGGCUGAGACUUUGAUAAAGACAAUGCCAAUGCCUCCAAAUGAGGUUGUUUUGGGUUCGCUUAUAGGAUCAUGCAGUGUCCAUGGAAAGCCACAACUAGGCGAACGCCUUCUGCAAGACCUGGUUCAGAUAGAUCCCCAAAACACAGAGUAUCAUGUUCUUCUCUCAAACAUGUAUGCUUUGGGUGGAAAGAAGGACAAGGCUAAUUUGUGGAGGCAGGGUCUUAAGAAUAGGGGUAUAAGAAAGAUGCCUGGAAUGAGCUCAGUUUAUGUUGGUGACCAAGUUCAUCAGUUCAGUGCUGGAGACAAGUCGCACGGGCAGACAGCAGAGAUAUACAUGAAACUGAAUGAGAUGAUACAAAGGUUGAAAGUGGCUGGUUAUGUACCAAAUACCGCUUGUCAAGUUUUCUCUGGUUCUGACAAUACAGACGAGAGUAUUGCAGAUAACUUGGAGGAGCUAGAACAGGCAUUGUUCUCCCACAGUGAAAAGCUGGCAGUUUGUUAUGGACUUAUGAGCACAAGAGCUGGUUCGCCGCUUCAUAUAUUCAAGAAUCUACGUAUCUGCCAAGACUGUCAUUCUGCUAUGAAACUGGUUUCUCUUGUAUAUGAUCGAGAAAUCGUCAUCAGGGAUCGCAACCGAUUUCAUUGUUUCAAGCAAGGUUCUUGUUCUUGCUCUGAUUAUUGGUGA